AUGUCGCCGCCCUAUGAGUCGUCCCGCCGCCGCGGCGUCUGGAACCAUUGGGUCCCGCUCGCCGUGACCGUCACGGUUGCGACAGUGGGCGUUGUCGCCUGGGUUUGGAGCCAGCGGAAGGAGGAAGAUCAGGAGGAAGCAGAGACCGGUUCCGCCUACCAGGAUCUCGACUACGAUGAAGGCGAAUAUGGUGACAACCCCGCCUACGGCGCGUCCCGGGAUGGUGCUGCUGGCGGGACCCAGACUCGCUCGGGCGGUCCUGGUGUCGCUGCUGCAGCCUCGCAGGUGGAAUCGUCCACCCUGGGCUGGGCUGCGUUGCGCCGGACGCCGAGCCCUUCACAAUUCUUCGAUACCGCGAGGAGGACUGUUACUGGAGGGCUGAGUGCGGCUGGCGCAGCUGUUGGAAGUGCUUUGGCUGCCAUCAGGGAAGAGGACAAGACCGCAUAUGCAGACCACGAGACCUGGUCCGAGGAGAUCGAGGCCAAGAAGGAAAGGGUUGUCCCAUCAACCUCACAGGCCAAGGAUACCAACAAGCGCCGUAAGAAGGUUGCCAUUGUUAUCUCGGCUGAUAAUCAUAUCGACGAUGUGGAUGCGGAUGGGUAUCACGAACAUGCUUCUAUUCUGUCUCACAUUCCUCGGUCAAUUGACACCUCCAAGCACAAGCUCUAUGUUCUCAUCUAUGCCCCCAAUCUCAAGGAGACCACACGCGAAUCGCCUAGCAACCGUCCCCCGCCUUCUUUGAGCUCGUCUUUCUCCAACAUUGACCCCGCUCAAGCCCAGACUCCCGGCGAUGAGGCCAAGAGCCCUGCAAUCGGCCCAUCCACAUCUGAUCCGGCCUACAACGCUAUUUACGCCCAGGCUCAGGCGCUUGUUGAAAAAGACAGCAUGAUUCUGACCUUUACCACCCUUAAUGGCCACUCGCACAUUUUGCGCCACAUUCAGCCCGAGAUCAUCUACCUCCAGGAGUCUCUCGGCGGCGAGAACGGCAGCAUUGUCACCAACCUUCAGACCUGGCUCCGUCACGACAUUAUUCUGGUGGUGGGAGCGGAAAGCGGCCACGGAGGUCUCGCUGAUAGCGAGUCAGAGGCGGAGAAGCCCGGAAAAGCGGAAGAGAUCUGGUGGCACCGGGAAGACCGGGUGGGCAGAGGACGCGGUGUCAUCGUGGUCGAUGCCCAAAAGGUGCAAGACGACUGGGCUCGCAGAGUGCUGGGUAAGGAGUAA